AUGUUAAAAAUUAUAGCUUUAAGCUUAAUAUACAUAAUAAUUUUUGUGUUAAGUGUGAUACUAAUGAUUGUUUAAUAGAGAGUUAAACGAUUAAGACAUAACCCAGGAUAGAUUCUAUUUUGGAUCCUAUUAUCACAAACAGUAUAAGAAAUUUAUGUUAUAAUAGAUAAUGAGUAUGUUUAUGGUUUUUGGUCAAUUUUAUGUAGUUGGAGAGGCAAAUCAAUCAAACAUGACAAUAACAAUUUCAGAUAUAAGUUGUAAAUUAAUAGCUGUGCCUAAUUUAAUAGCUUCAAUGCUAUAUGCAAUUUUAAACAUAUUAUUAAUAGCUAAUCUAUAUUGUUAAAUAAAUGUUUAGAAUUACAAAAAGUUUAAAUUGAAAGGUGAAACAAUGUUAGCCGUGACUUUAAUAAUAAUAAUCUCAAUUUUAUUGGUUUUGCUAAGUCAAGAUUUAGGUGUUAGGUAUUUUUUAUAAAGUGACAAGCAUUUUAGGAGAUUGCAAUUUAGAGUCUUAGAAUGUGUUUGCUGUUUUUUUAGUAUACUUAAGAGGCUUUUCAUUGAUAAUUAUAUCGAUAAUAUUGAUAAAAUUAUAAAGAUAUUCGCCUGAUAUAUUGUAAACUGAGAUAUACAAGACAGCGAUGGAUAAGUUUAUAAGGAAAUACUUACAAACUUAUAUAAAAGUAAAUGUAAGUUACGGGUGGCUUUUCAUAAUAUCAAGAUUAUUAAUUGUAUAGAACAGUUUCUAUAUUAGCCAAUAAUUUUAAAUUAUAAUUAGAAUAAUAAAUAGCUAAUAAAUGUAUUAGCAUUUGUUCAAGGGGGAAUAACAUUGA